AUGUCAAUCUCCCACUUUCUUUCUGAGUCAGCUAAAAGGCUCUUUAAGGAGCCAGGCGUCCUGUCAAACUCGCACCCCUACUAUCCACUCGAUCUGAAUUUGCCAGAAUACCAACCGCUGGUCAUCCCAUUCGAUCAGAUAUUGGGAGCCUUCUUUGGAACAGCUGGACUGCUGCUCAUUGUUGUCUGGGCUUUAUCAGGGAAAGGCAAGCACCUCACUAUUGGAGAACGGUUGGUGCUCACCUGGUUUGUGCUGACGGGGAUCAUACAUCUUGUUGUCGAAGGUGCUGUUGUGCUCCGGUCAGACUUCUACAAGAGCACCAGCGGAAACAUUCUCUUCGAAAUAUGGAAGGAGUAUGCAAAGGCAGACUCUCGGUAUGCGACACGUGACAGCUUUGUGAUAUCCAUGGAAGCCUUCACUGCCUUCGUGGAGGGGCCGCUGUGCUUUGUCAUUGUGUAUGGCAUUGUCAAGCAGAAGCCGUGGCGCUACACCUUGCAACUGCUCGUGUCUUUUGGCCAGAUUUACGGCGAUGUGCUCUACUUUGCUACAACCUAUUUGGAAGGAUUGAAGCAUUCCAGGCCAGAAUGGCUUUAUUUCUGGUUCUACUUUGUCAUCGUGAACUCCAUUUGGAUUGUCAUACCAGCAGCAGUGGUAGCAAUAUCGGCAUGGCAGAUCAGCAAAGCCAUAGCAGUAGCAGACAGGUGA